AUGCCAGAGGAGGCUUGGGACACCAUGGACUUGUCGGUGAAUCUGGCGCCGGGCCGGCCUGAAGGACUGGCGUUAGGCAACCCAGUGAUGAUUGCGUCGGGCACCUUCGGAUACGACGGAUACGGGCGCGGGUUCGCCGCUGAAGCUCCACUCGCCUCUUUGGGGGCUGUGUUACCGAAGACUUUCACCCGGCAUGCGCGAACGGGCAAUCCGGAACCGCGCUGGUUUCCUCUCUCGUUCCGGGAAGCCCUGGAGGUGGGCGAAACUACCCUGCUGAACUCGGUCGGCCUGACAAAUCCCGGGAUAGAAACGGCGAUGGCGGAUUUGGCGCCCAGAUGGGCGGACUCUGAAGUGAACUUCGUGAUGAGCAUGGCAGGCGACUCCGCCGAACAGUGGGAGGAGAUGGCAUCGUUCACGCGGGGAGUGAUUGGGUUUUCGGCGAUUGAACUGAAUCUGAGUUGCCCUAAUGUGGACGACGGAGCCAUGUUCAGCCACCACCCGUUAUUGACGGAAGCCGCUAUCAGCGGAGUGCGGCGUCAGACGGAUCUCCCGAUCUGGGCCAAGCUAUCACCCAACGUGCCGGACAUCACCGAAAUCGCCUGUGCCGCAGUGGAAUCCGGCGCUGAUGCACUGACCAUCUCCAACACCGUACCGGCGAUGCAUGUUGACGUGGAGACCGGACGGGCCGUGUUGGGCACGGGGUACGGCGGACUAUCGGGUCCCGCGCUCCGACCCAUCGCCGUGGCAUUGGUGCACAAGGCUGCCCAGGCCGUGGAUGUCCCGAUAAUCGGAGUGGGCGGCAUCAUGACCGGCCGUCAUGCGGCCGAGUUCCUGAUGGCGGGAGCGACGGCGGUCCAGGUGGGCAGCGCCAACCUGGCAGACCUCAACGCUCCCUUCCGCAUACUGACCGAACUUGAAGAACUGCUCACCCGUUGGGAAGUGAACACCGUAGACCAGAUCAUUGGAACCGCUCGGUGGGACGAACCCGGGGCGCUGCCCGGCUAG